AUGGCGUUAAUAAAGUGUUGUUUUGAAACUCGAGAAAUACCAGAAGUUUUGGAUGAUAUCAUUAAAAAAUGUACAGAUUCUCGAUGUUGUUGUGGAUGUUGCAAUGCUUUACGACCACGUUACAAACGUUUGGUCGAUAAUAUAUUUCCAGUAUCACCAGAAGAAGGUCUAGUAAAAGCAAAUAUGGAGAAAUUAACAUUUUAUUCAUUAAGUUCACCAGAAAAACUAGAUCGUAUUGGUGAAUAUUUGUACCAAAGAGCCUCGAGGGAUAUUUACCGACGCCGGAAUGGCUUUGUAAUUAUUGCUAUGGAGGCAAUUGAUCAAUUAUUAAUUGCCUGUCACGCUCAAUCCUUAAAUUUAUUUGUUGAAAGUUAUUUGAAAAUGGUGCAAAAAUUAUUAGAAUCACCAGAUGCACAGUUACAAAUCUUAGCUACACAAUCCUUUGUAAGAUUUGCAAACAUAGAAGAGGUAACCCCAUCAUAUCAUCGUCGAUACGACUUCUUCAUCAGUAAAUUUUCAUCAAUGUGUCAUAGCAAUGAAGGUGGUGAAGGAAGCGAAUUACGUGAUAAAAUACGUUUAGCUGGUAUACGUGGUUUACAAGCUGUCGUACGUAAAACAGUUAGUGAUGAUCUGGUUGAAAACAUUUGGGAACCAACGCAUAUGGAUAAGAUUGUUCCAUCUUUGUUAUUUAAUAUGCAACAUUCACAUCAUUUUAAGGAUGUGAUGAGUAAUUCUGGUGACUUGUAUGGCGGACAACAACAUAACAGUGCUGGCAAUUCCAUGAUGAUUAUUGGUGGUAUACCGAUGAACGACGACGAUACCCUAUCAGAUCCACCCACUUUGGCUGAAAGUUGUUUGCGUGAAUUAGUUGGCCGAGCAUCGUUUGGUCAUAUACGGAGUGUUUUACGUCCUGUAUUGAAACAUUUUGAGUUGCACGGUUUAUGGGUACCUAAUCAAUUUGCGAUUCACACAUUUCGGAUAAUUAUGUUCUCUAUACAAGCACAAUAUUCGUAUGCUGUUGUCGAAACAUUGAUGGCACAUUUGGAUGAGAAUAGUAAAUCAUCACCAAAGAUUCGUACAAGUAUUGCUGAUGUAUUAUCAAAAAUUAUUGCGAUUGCUGCUAGUGAAAGUGUUGGACCAUCCGUAUUAGAAAUAAUCAACUCUUUAUUAAGUCACUUACGUGUUAGUGUAACAUCCGUACAAUCACAACAAGAUGAGAAAAUGUAUCAAGAGGCAUUGAUAAAUGCACUUGGUGAAUUUGCAAAUCAUUUACCAGAUUAUCAAAAGAUUGAGAUUAUGAUGUUUAUUAUGUCAAAAGUACCACAAAUUCCGACCAGCAGUAAUAUUGCAAAUAAUUCAUCAAAUACAAGUAAUAAUAAUCCAAGAGAUCCAUUAUGCGCGGAUUCAUUAUUACAAAAUAUUUUAUUGAAAAGUUUAUUAAAAGUUGGUACUAAAUAUCAAACUAUACAUAUGAAUACCACUUUCCCAAUUUCUUUCUUAGAACCAUUGUUACGUAUGUCAUUGGUGCAAGAUUCUGACAUGCGUAUAUUGGUACAAAGAAUUUUACAUACAUUGAUCGAUCGACAUCAAAAUUUAGAAAAAUUAUUGAAACCUACUACAAAUGUACACGACUUAGAUAUAAAUUAUGACAAAGCAUCACGGCAAGAUUUAAUAUUUAUAAACAAACAUGGACCAUUAUUGUAUGACACCCUGUAUGGUUGUAUUGAGUUACCUACCAACACGGUGGAAAAUAUCGAUGCAAUAUAUACAACUUUGUCAUUAUUGCUAAUAGAAUUAAUUAGCGAAGAAACUUUAGGCGAUUAUUUACAAUUAUUAUUUGGUAUACAAUCAAUGUGUUUAAUAAAUCAACAAACACAACUAUCAAUUGAACAAUUAUCAUCAAUUAAUGCAGUAAUUUUAAGUGUUAUGUUAAUUGUUCCACAUGUAGUAUCAAUUAGUGGUUUAUCAGAAUAUUUACAUAAAAUAAUUGACGAGCGUCGUGUUGAAGCACCAUAUCUACUACCAGAAUAUUAUUCAAAUGGAAGUGUUGUUAGUAGCUCAACAGCAUUACAAGCCCAAUUACCUCCAUCACAGUUACCACAUUUAAUGAUUGAUAAGUUAAUGGUAACAGAAUGUCUAAGAGCAAAUGGUGUUGAUAGCAGUGUAUUACAAUUACCUUGUCCUUAUGUGAGUGGACAUGGUGCGUCACAUUAUGCACAUCGACAUUCAUGGGUGGAAGUAAAUGUUGGUGGUGCUACUCAUGCAAGUAACUACAUGGUCAGUGGUAGUACAGGCAGUUCAUCGCAAUACACUUCCAGUACCAAUCCUAAUCUACCAAAUGUACAUGGAGGUCAAGAUGGAGCUGAUAGUGUAUCAUCAUCACCAAUUAUAUCUAGAAAAACACCCGAAGAAGAAUUAACAAUAGAAGCAAUGAAAAAAGUAUUAGCAGAACCACCAGAGAUAACAAAACAAUUGGAAGCAGAUCGACGUCAACAUAUAAAUGAAACAUUUAAUAAAUUAACAUUUAAUGAAAUAAUGAAACAUACCCAACCAAAACAUGAUAAUUUACAUAAUAUAUUAAAUGAUAUAUUUACAUCGAUACAACAGCCCACAAUACAAAAUACAACAAAUCCAUCGGUAUUAAUUAGUAGUGCAAACAACAGUUUUGAUAAUACUGGUAAUAAUGCCGGUCCAUUUAACACAACAGAUAAAUCAGAACGUGUACCUAUUUAUGAAGAAUAUUUUCCUGAAUUGUUUGUUUAUUAAAUUUAAUCUUAUAUAACAUCAAAUAGUUAUAAAAUAUCAGGAUACCUGUACACUUAAGAGUAAAGUCUAGUUAGAGUAAUCUUUUUCUAAUUAGAGUAAUCCAGAGCAUUCCUAAAGUUUUACUAUGAAGAUUUUUCUGAACCAUGUACAUUAUUAGACUUAAGGUAGAAUUUUCAAAGAAUGUAUAUUUUUUUAUUAGUUAAAACAUCUGUGUGCAAUGAUAACGUACUUUGGAAAGAACAUAUAAAUGAAACAUUUAUUAAAUUAUCAUUUAAUGAAACAAUGAAACAUACCCAAUAUCCUUCGUUCAUAUCAAUUUGAUGCCAAAAUUAUUGAGCCCUUAUUUUAAUUUGAUGUUAUGGAAUGUUUUUAUUAAAACAUUUUUGUUCAAUUGUAGAUAACUACAUCAAUAGGAAUUGUUUAGAAUCUCACUAUUUCUAGACAGUAAAUUUUGUUAUGUUUUGGAUAAUGAAUCUACUCACAAAUAGAAAAUUUUAUCUUAUGGUUCUAAAUCAUCGUCACAUUACUGGAAAGCCAUGAAAGGAAAUUCAAAUUGUACUAGAAAAAUCUGAGAAAUGUCAGGAAAUUCCUUGAAAAAAAGAAAAGUCAGGGAAUUUUACUAUGUUCGUAGCAAAUAAUUAUAAUUGUCUAAUCGAAUUAUUUCAAAAAAUGGUGUAUGUGAUCGAAAUAAUAUCUUGACUUAGUCACAUUUAGUAAUAAUUUGAACAAGGAAUUUCAAUAUCUAGCUAUCUUUACGAUUUUAUAUUGCUGUUAGAGACUUAUUCACUACUAAACAAAACGGGAAUUUUAAUAAGUAAUUUUUAAUAAUGAAAUAAUUUUUCUUCAAGAUUUAAUAAUACCUCUUGUUGGUUCGUGAAUAUAAUUGAUUGCAAAAAAUUAGUGACCCUUUAAUGUUGAAUUGCUUUUACAAUUUGAUAUAAAUUUUAACAGUACGCACAACAAUGUCGUCCUAUCGAAACAAUUCGAGGAUAUUCGCGCACACAAACAAUAUUUUUCUUUCGAGAAAUGUAUUACAAAAACCUGUUGAAAUAAUUAUAGACAUGGGUCGCUAAAAUAUAAUUAAUCUUUCUAUUUCACUGAGAAUGGCAUUUCAUUUUAAAUAGUAACUAAUGAAAAACACACGCCCGUUUUAGUUGUAUGAUGAGUUAACCCUUUCGCAAGCACUGGUGCCUUAUUUAUUAUUUAAGUGGUUAUUUAUUAACUUUUAUCUCCUAAAAUUGUCGAUAUCCAAUUUAUGGUGUUGAGAUUUUUCUAAAACAAUAUUUUUAGUCUUUAUAGAACAUUGUUAGCUUUUAGUUUCGAUUUUAUUUAGAUAACAAUCUUGAUAAAGUGUAAACAAGUAGUUAGAUUGUUUAGAUGUAGAUUAUAUCUAAUUAAAGUGUCUUAUCUCUGUGUAGAUUGAUCAUACUUUUUAAUCUACGUUCUGUAGCCAGUUGCAGUGGCAUAGAGCAAAUUCUGCUAAACUUUGAAAGUGAUGGUAUAUAUUUCCUUUAAACUAGUUACAAGUACAGGUACCUUGAGUAUCUAAUGACCACAUAUUUGUAGUUAACUUUUAUGUAAGAGUAUUAGGUUUGCAAUUCAUUCUACAUAAAUUUAAUAACAGACUUUCUUAAAUUUUAACUUCCUAGGUCUGAUAGUAUCUUACACAUUAUAUUGUGCCAACUAAAGUAAGAAUGCACUAAAAUAAAAACUUACUAGUCGCAAACAAAUUAUUUAAUUAAGAAACAAAAGUUUGCAGGUGCUUCAAAAAUAAAAAAUCUAUAAUGGUUAUAACAUACGAUACUCAUAACAUCACGAUCCUUUAACUAAUUAUAGAAAGACCUCCGGCUUUUUAUGAAUGAAAUAUGUUCAGAAUUGUUCCAAGAUCAUUCUCAUUCUAAUUGCUUUUAUCCAAAAAAUUAUAUGGAAUGAUCGUAAAACAAUUCUGAUAAAAAACCGAGAACCUUUCAAAAGCCAAAGUUAAAGGAAUGCUUGGAAUUUUUUAAUAGA